CACGGACAGCAGCAGCAGGAGCCGUUUGGGAGGAAGAAUGGAGGAUACGAGCAGCACCGCAGCGGUCGGGGACGCAGGCGCUGCUGCCGAGGCGGCUUCCACGGCUAGGCGUGAUGAGGCUCCCGCAGCGGGACCCAAACCCGAGUGCGAGUCCGUGAAGGGCCAGAUGUUCGACGUGGGGCCCCGCUACACGAACCUGUCGUACAUCGGGGAAGGGGCUUACGGGAUGGUGUGCUCCGCUCUGGACAACAUGACGAGCCAGCGCGUCGCCAUCAAGAAAAUCAGCCCGUUUGAGCACCAGACGUACUGCCAGCGCACGCUGAGAGAAAUCAAGAUCCUGCUGCGCUUCCACCAUGAGAAUAUCAUCGGCAUCAACGACAUUCUCAGGGCACGGCACAUUGACAACAUGAGGGAUGUCUACAUCGUGCAGACUCUGAUGGAGACGGACUUGUACAAGCUGCUGAAGAGCCAGAAGCUGAGCAACGACCACAUCUGCUAUUUCCUCUACCAGAUCCUGCGAGGACUCAAGUACAUCCACUCGGCCAACGUGUUGCACCGUGACCUCAAGCCCUCCAACCUGCUCAUCAACACCACCUGUGACCUCAAGAUCUGUGACUUUGGCCUGGCACGGAUAGCCGACCCCGAGCACGACCACACGGGUUUCUUGACAGAGUACGUGGCCACGCGUUGGUACAGGGCUCCAGAAAUCAUGCUCAACUCAAAGGGCUACUCCAAGUCCAUUGACAUCUGGUCAGUGGGCUGCAUCCUGGCUGAGAUGUUGUCCAACAGGCCUAUCUUUCCCGGGAAACACUACCUGGACCAGCUCAACCACAUACUGGGCAUCCUCGGCUCUCCAACUCAAGAAGAUCUGAACUGCAUCAUCAACAUGAAGGCGAGGAACUACCUGCAGGCCCUGCCUGACAAACCCAGGGUCCCCUGGGAAAAGAUCUACGUCAAGGCUGACGCAAAAGCUCUGGACCUGCUGGGCCGCAUGUUGACCUUCAAUCCCUUCAAGCGCAUCAGCGUCGAGGAGGCCCUGGGUCAUCCUUACCUGGAGCAGUACUACGACCCCACAGAUGAGCCAGUAGCAGAGGAGCCUUUCACUUUCUCCAUGGAGCUCGACGACCUUCCCAAGGAGAAGCUGAAGGAACUGAUCUAUGACGAAACCGCCCGUUUCCAGGAAACCUACCAGGGCUCCUGAGACACAAAGCCCUAAAGAGUGACGAAGCCACACAGAGGCUUGGAACAAGAAGACUCCAAAAAAACGACAUGCUAAAAACAAAAAGGAAAAAAAAUGCAUCUUCAAGCAACCGACAACAACAAAAAAGAGAAAACAAGAAAUAUGAACAUUUAACUGCUUACCUUUCCAUUUCUACUGCAAGAGAGCUAAGUUUAACUUUUAAUUUCUGUGGUUGGGUGGGGCGGUAGGGUCUGGCGUACUCAUACUGUUUUCAGUUUUGUCCAUGUUGGACUCUUCCCUCCUCUCACCUCACGAUUGUUUUCCUGUUUUAAUGCCUCAUCCUGUCCCAUCUUACAGUAAACCUCCUCUCCUCUCCUGUCCUGAUCAAACCCUGUCGCUGAUCUCUCUCUUUCUCUGUCGCUCCCUCUCAUAUAAACUCAUACUACUGUAUUAACCAACACCAUAACUCUCUUGUCUUGCUCCAUUUAAAUUACAACUGGGGGGAAAAAAAAAUCGAGGGCUAAAAGAACGGGGGAUGCUAAAAUCGGGUGUGUGUAUAUACAAAAAAAUAUAAAAGCUUUUUUUUUGUUGUUGUUAUUUUUAAGUGUGCUUGUCGCAGUUUUUGUUUGUACACCGUCGUUCGAGUGUUUUCGGAUCAGUUCAGAGUCGUAUUUGUAUGUUUUUGGGGUUUAUAUUUGCUAGUUUUUUGAUUUUUUUGAGACAAACAUUUAAUGUUUUUACUGGCAUGUUGGCAGGUUUAUAGACUUCUUUGUUUGUUGUCGCUUUUUUUUUUCUUAAAAAACAAACAAACUGUGUAUGAUGUUCAUAUGAAUGCAUGCAUUCCUGAAAUUAACCAAAGUGGCAGAGAGAUGCAAGAAACCUGGCUUGGGGAGCAACUAAAGGAUGUUGUAGUUUUUGAACUGUACCUUAAAACACAUUUCUUGACCUGGAACUCGUAGCGAGGGCAGACGAACUGAAAUCUCCCUUCAUUUAUGGGAAAUUUGUUUAUUAUUAUUAUUUUUUUGGAGGCGCUACACGAUUUGGAACAAAGUGGAUCGAAUCAACCUGCAUUAAAACAUAGUUUCUGUUCAUUCUGAUGUUACGACAGUGAGACCGAAGCCCCGUUUUCCAGAACAUUUCCAACAUUUUUGGCUCCAAACUAGCAGCAGAUAUGUGAGCCGGAGGCUUGAAACUUAGGAAAUAUAACCGUCUGACUAAAUGUCUGCAAGAAAACAGGAGUAUAACAUUACUGUAUCCCCUUAACAUCCCCUUUUCUUCAAGAAAUACAACCAACACCAAAUAUCUGACCCAGUGUCAGUAUUCCUUUCAUAUAUUAAAUGACAUUUAGGUUACAAACACUGAAGUCGUCCGUCAGAGUCAUGUUUAGCAAACAGUAUUCUGGAAAAUGGGGCCUGGUUAACUUCUUGGCCUCGACAUCCCACCGUGCUGUUUUUUGUCCUGCGUUCCUAUCCGCUACCGUCAAGCGCGUACGCAGGCUAAGAGGCCUAACCGUCAGUGAACGCCCCCCAAAAAAUGUAAAAAUGUUAUCCCACGUGGCCGCACUUGAAGUCGAUCUACAAAAAAAAAAUGCACUUUCCAACAAAGCAUUACGAUUUUUUGUUUGUUUGUUUGUUUGGGCUCAUCGAUCUGAGUGCUGAAUGUAAACAGCCUGAAUUUUCUGGCGUCCGUCGCUGCGGUUUCUCCGGUUGCUAACUUUUUACAAGAACAGCUCUUUUACGACUACUGAGACAAACUGUACGCGUUGCUGAUGAGCGCUGGGCUCACGUCACACGGAUGAUGUAGCCUCGCGAGGGUUUGCGCCACAUGCAUGGCUGAUGUGAAGCUGUCAGAGAAGCCCUGAUCGCUCUAUGUGACGUGAACGCGACGUAAUCGACAACAAAAAUGGUCAAACUCAGGAAUGUCAGAGUGCUGUACAGUUAUUCCUGCUCAGCGCACAGCCAAGCAACCAUCAUCCAACCAUCCUCCCCUUCAUGGUUGUACAGUAUAUACGCCAGUUUUUUGCGCUCUCCCCUUCGCCGGUGUGUUUUCCUGGUUACCCUCCUUCAGCGUGGGUGAUUUGGUGCUACACUGGCGCUCGUUCCUCCUCUCAAAAGACGGCUUGUCGUGUUUCUUUGUGUGUGUGCAUGUGUGUUAUUAUCUGUGUCUGUUGUUGGCGUCUGCUUCCUCCUCUCGCUUUGUUCUGGAUGUGACUGCCACCAACACCACCACCACCACCACCCGCUGGGGGGUCCAGCUUCAGCCUGCACUAAUUUUUUGCCUGUUGCACUGCUGGGACCAGUAAAGGAGCCCCCUCCUACUAACUAAAUGGACCAACACACACACUGGAUCCCCGUCUUUGUCUGAAAUAGACUCCAGAUCUGGAGCCCUCAUCGGCCUCGCCCCUUCUUUGUCUGUAAAAUUUGUUUUCCGGGCUCGAGCCGCGUCAUUUUGUUUCCUUUCUCAGAAACCAUAGCCAGCACUCUGGGAUCGGUGUGAGGCUUUUUGGUGCAUGUGGUGAUAGUCAUUCUUUUGUUCGACCUCCCAACUCUCACCACGCUUUACUCAAAAGGGCUGCCUCCCCUCCUCUUCUUCCUCCUCCUCCACCUCCAUCUCUUCCUCUUCCCUCGCCUUGUGUCUGCCACUUCCUCCCAUUGCCUGGAUCAUAAAAUGACGGAUGGUCACACAAGCAGAGGACUCCAAUCAUAACUCAAUCAGCACGCCUGCACUUUGUCUUUGCAGCCACGCUCUCUCCUCUUCAAGGUUGUUUUUUUUUUUUUUGGUCUUGCAUCCUUCUCGUUUCAGCUUUAAGUUUCGCCUGCUGCGUGUGUGUGUGAUGGAUCGUCUGCGGUAAUUUAAGUCUUUGUACAAGUGUUUGUGAAUCUGCUCCUCAGUAACAUAAAGCCAAGACUAUUUGUCCUGUGUGUGUUUUUUGAAAGUGUGUGUCGUUUCCUCUCCCUGCUUUUACAACAAGUCGCACAGAUAUUUUGUAUGUAUUUCAUAUGUAUAUUUGAUCAGCAGUUGAUUCGGCCCUGCUUUCUUUCUUUCUUUCUUGGGGUUUUUUUUUUUGUUUUCCAACCUGCCACCAGACCAAACAUCGCACUGGGUAACCAUAGGAACGAACCAAGAGGACCACAUUUUGCAAUCCUCCUCACACACACACACACACACACACACACACACACACACACACACACACACACACACACACACACACACACAGUAUUGACGAGUUUAAAAGGCCUGUCCGUCACGAGGCCAGUUUAUCCAGAUAUUGUUGUUUUUAAAUGGCUGUUCUUAUUAUUGCUAUUGUUGUUAUAUUGGUGAGUUGUUGUAUUUUUCUUUUUCUUUUUUUUUUUUACAUAAAGGGAGUUUAAGUUGUAUCUUUUUUUUUUAAUUAUUAGGAUGUUUUUAUUUGUAUUUUUUUUCUUCCUUCUCUUAUGGGCGUGAUUAUUAUUGGCAGUGUUUUCAAUCUUUCUGAAACUUUCCUUUAUUUUUUUUUUCUUUACUUUGAUUUUCCCCUCCAAGAUCUUAUAAGGAAUUAUUUUAAAAGAAGAUAUAAGUAGAUUGUCAAAGAGAUAUGAGUUAUUGAGGGUUAUAGUCUGUAUAUUCAUGGGUAUUAUGAAUUAAACGAUUAACAAAGAAACAGAAUUAUAUACAUAUAAUUAAAUAAAAUUUCCUGAUACUGUU